UCAACAAGUUCCAGUUGCAGACCCAGUCAUCGUUCAAUAUGUUUACGCUGCAAUGGCAUUUAUUUAUAACUAAUUGCUGAGCUCCGCGAUGGCUGCCGACCAGGAGGAACACGCUGCUCAAGCGGCUCCCCAUGCCGAUAGAAAUCCGAGCAGCGACUGGCGACAGUGGUGUCGCCUUUGCGCCAAGGACGACAUGCAAGGCAACAUGAAUGUGUUCCUUAAGAACGAAGAUUCCGGAGAGGCAUCCUCUAUGGAACUGGCCACCGCCAUUGGCAAGUACUUUUGGGUGAAUAUAACUCGAGGCGAAGAGUUGCCGGAGACGAUAUGCAGUGAGUGCCUGUCGCUGGUCACCUCGCUGGUGAAUUUCUCGGAACGGAUUACCCGCGUCCAGAAGCUUUACUGCAUCCUGCAAAGCACGCCCAGCCACAAUAGCCCAAAUCUCCAGGAACUCAGGUCGAAAUUUGGAUUGGUCGAAGAGGAGACGCUGACUGAGGUUCACUAUGUGGAUAAAAAGCCGAAGUUGGAUGAACAGCUUGAAUUUCUGCCAGAGGAGUCGACUUACGAGCUGGAAAACCCACUAACGCCAGAGGAAAAGCAGGAAAAUAUAGAUCAGGAGCAGAUCCUGCCGACAGAGGAGCAAGAACAGGAGGAACCAGAUGAGCGGGAUGCCGACUACGAAGCGGAUGAAGAUGGCGUGCUUAUGAACCUGUGUGAUGUCUAUGGAAUUCAGGAGGAUAAAUCUUCCGCGGGUAGCUUGGGCGACUCCUUGCCGGGUCAACAAAAAGCUGGACAGGAUGCAGCAGACUCUGAAAAAAGACAUCAGUGCAGUGAGUGUUUGCGAAGCUACGCCACGUCUAAAACCCUGAAGCGUCACUUGCGACAGGAUCAUGGUCAGACUGAGCCCUCAACCGAGCAGCUGCAAUGCCCUGAUUGCCUCAAGAAGUUUCGCCGGCACUACCAGCUUGAAAGGCACAUGAAAUGGCAUGUGCCCCUGCCCAAUCGGAAGCAGUAUGCCUGCACUAGUUGCGACAAGAAAUUCGCCACCAGUGCAUCAGCCCAGCAGCACGAACAGUACAUGCACCUGGAUGAGCGGCCGAGGCCGGUGAUUUGUGAACAGUGCGGCGUGGGUGUGCACUCGAUGAGCGCCCUCAAGGAGCACGUUCUGAAGCACACAGACUAUGCCCCUUUCGAGUGCGAGGUGUGCAAAAAGUGCUUUAAGUCGGCCAAUCGUCUAAAACACCACAAAGAGACGCAUGAUCCGCACAAGUACAUCUGCCCAGAGUGCGGCAUGCAGCUAAAUUCGCGAACCACUUUAAAUCGCCACCGGCUGGUCCACACGGAUCAAAUGCAGCAUAAGUGCGACUAUUGCGGUCGUGAGUUCAAGCGGGCCAAGGCGCUGAAGAAUCACCUAAUCCUGCAUACAGGACUCAAGCCGUACUCCUGCGACUUUUGUGACCGCACCUUUGCCAACGGAUCUAACUGCCGCACGCACAAGAAGAAGUCGCAUCCUGAGGAACUGGCUGCCCAGGAGGCAGCGGGAGGCGGAAAGUCGCACAACAGAAAUAUACCCAAGCUGGAGGCACUCAAGGCGUUCACCAAAAACAAGGACAACCUGUCGCCGGUGGCCACUAAACAGAGCGGCUGCUUCGCUUUCGGGAAAAAGCCAAGGCCAACCGUCAAAGAUAAUCUAGCUUCGAAACCCGCCUCCACCCAAGAUGCUCAGCCUGAACUAGCGCUUGAUCCCGGAGGGGAAAGAGUCGCCCAAGCCGAUCCCCCAUCUGCGGCUAUACCCACGUUAGAUAAUAUUUAUAACCAUAUCAUGAUUGACUAUCGCUGAUCCACUCGAGUUACGGAGUGUCCCAACCAUAAGUGUUAUUGGCGAAUAAGCACAAGUUUUGUUUUCAAAUUUAAAGAUAUAGUUAAUUGUUUUGAAAACUACGAAAUGCGUAGGCUGGCCUUAUUAUUACUUUAUCGUAUCUGAUAAUGUAAUUAGAAAGGGAGCUUCUACGAGAAAUUAAAUAUUUUGCUUAUGA